UUUCUCAUAGAUUUUCAACUUCGUCAUCAAAAGUUUGACGGCUUGAAAAAGAAAAUCAAUUAAAAUAAUAAUAUAAAAUACCUAAUAGCAGUAAAAAUGUGUUAAUUGUGAGAUUUAAAAUUAUAAUUUCUUCAUUAUUUAAAGUUUUAUUUUAAUUUGUGUUUGAAUUAAUACAAAAAUAAUGGUAUUUUGGUGUGAUUGUUUGCAACGCAAUGGUUAUCAACAGAUUUCUGCUACAGCUGGGGGUGGACAAGGUCCUCGUUUCGGUGUGCGUCAUGUACAGUGCUUGCUAGUGUUUUGCGGUUUAGCCGUGGCUUAUGCUCUUCGGGUGAAUCUUUCGGUGGCUAUAGUUGCCAUGACGGAUCGUAAUGCUACAAAUCCAAAUUUUGAGGAAUUCGACUGGGAUGAAAGUGUUAAAUCCUAUUUGCUCAGCAGUUUCUUUUGGGGUUAUGUAAUCACACAAGUUCCUGGUGGCUAUUUAUCACAUAAAUACGGAGCUAAAUUUACAUUCUUUUUUGGUGUGCUAAUUUGCUCUGUACUGGCCCUACUAACGCCACUAUUUGCCGAAAUUGGUGAUUGGCCUUUGCUUUUAAUACUGCGCGCCGUACAAGGACUCUGCCAAGGCAUGAUAUUUCCUUCGACACAUACAUUUCUCUCGAAAUGGGCUCCCGCAGAGGAAAGAGGACGUCUGGUGAGUUAUUGUUAUUCGGGAGCACAAUUUGGCACUGUGAUAAUGUUGUCGAUAAGUGGAUUUAUUGCCUCUUCGUGGAUGGGUUGGCCCAGUAUAUUCUAUGUAUCUGGUUUAGCCGGCUUAGUGUGGGCUAUAUUUUGGUUUUUGUACUGUGCCAGUACACCGGCUGAACAUCCCACUAUUACGGCUAAUGAGCGACGUUUUAUUGAGACUUCAGGUCCGGGACGUAGACCUUCCGAUGCGGGACGCGUUGAGGCCUCAGAAAUGAAAACACCCUGGUUGAAAAUAUUUACCUCCAUGCCAUUUUUAACACUACUCGUUGUGCAUUGUGCCAAUAAUUGGGGUUUCUGGACCUUGCUUACCGAAAUUCCCACCUAUAUGAAGAAUAUUUUAGGCAUGGAUAUACGCAGUAAUGGACCCCUUUCAGCUUUACCUUAUUUGGCCAUGACUUUGCUGUCAUAUGGUUUCAUAUUUGUGGCCGACAUAAUCAAUCAUAACAGUGUAAUGCCUUUGUUUUUCUCACGAAAACUAUUUAACACUCUGGGCAUGUGGAUACCCAUGAUGGCUUUAAUUGGUUUGGGCUACAUCACCACUGGAGAAAGUACGAAAUUGGCCAUAGCUUUACUGACAAUAGCAGUGGGUGCAAAUGCUGCCACAUAUUUGGGCUUUCAGGUAAAUCAUAUAGAUUUAUCACCAAAUUUUGCGGGUACUCUGAUGGGUAUUACAAAUUGUGCGGCCAAUAUAAUGAGCAUUAUAGCACCUUUGACAGUGGGCUUAAUUGUAACAGAUGAGACAAAUCCCUUACAAUGGCGUAUUGUAUUUUACAUAACAGCUGGUUUUUAUUUCUUUGGCAAUUUACUGUUUUUAAUUUUUGGUCGCACCAGUCCACGUGAAUGGAAUAUGCCUACAUCUCGAAAUCCUUCCUCUACAUCAUCAUCGCCUGUGCAUGCCGCCAAUGUAGAAGAUGCUUCUCAGGCUUCUGAAACAGAUCGUUUGCAGCCAAAUUCUACUUGAUUUAAUGGAAUUAUUUUCCAAAAACGGUGCUUUUUAUUAUUGUAUGUGAUCACUUUAUAAACUUACAUAUAUAAAUAUAAAAUAAUAUUUUGCUACUUUAUUAUUUACAAUUUUUAUCUCUCUAUAUAUUUGUAUGAAUUAUUUAAACUAGUUGCUAUUUAUUUAAUUUCGCUUAAAUUAAUUAAUUAAUUACAUAAUCCUACAUAUAUAUGUAUACGUCUAUUAAUAAGAUUAAGACAAUUAUUUACCUAUAAUUACAUAAAUAUGAUUUAUAUUUUUAAGCGCAAAAUGAUUAUAUAUUUAGCCUUUAAGGAUAUAUAAGUAUAUUGUACAAUAAAUUAUUUAAUAAUGUUGUUAAAUUGAUCAAAAUGUUAUGUGAAUAUUUAUUAUGAAUUUUAAACAAAUAUAUAAAUGUUUUAAGAUAUCUUAA